GUGGAGUUAUGUUAGCUUUAUGCAGUGGAAGAAGAAGCUCUGUUGUGAACGUUCAGGAUCCAUGUGUAACUAGUGUUUCAUUGACUCUUCGUUUAAAAUGAAACACUCUGAAGCAGAGCAACUGCAUCCCUGCCUCUAUUUAGAAGUCUGUUCCCAUAACGAGGAGACGCGUCUGCCCCUGCACACCUCCAUCGUCCUGUUCCUCCUGUCUUACUGCGAGUCCAAGUCUUUCAAAGUUUUCCUGGUUCGCAGAGACAGCAACAACAAAGGCUUCCCUGAAUCCCAGAGGUUUCACCUCCCAGAGUCUCUGAGUGUGUGCGACUUUGUCUCCCCGGAGGGUCUCCCGCGGCUGGUGAGGGGUUGCCGUCUCCCGGCUGCCGUGGAUGAGAGCGGGCGGCUCUGCCGGGCUGGGCUGGCGGUGGUCCUCAGGCACAUCAUCAUCAGAACCAUCGAGGCUGACCCCUCCAGGAAGGAUGUGCAGGAGCUGCUGGGGUUUAAGAAAACAUGCCUGAAAGCUUGUGCGGAGGUGAGCAAAUGGACCAGACUGUGCGAACUGGGCAUCCCCUCUGCAGUGGAGGAACACCUGCAGAAGCCCACGGGACAGGCCCAGCUGCUGCCUCCUGCUAUUGUUACCCUCGAGCGACGACUCGCCGAGCCCGUCAAAGUACACAACGACGACAAAAUCCGGAGACAGAAACUCCAAGAGCAGAGACAAAGGCAAAAGAACGGCACGUCUGAAGGCGAGGGAAAGCCCGAACUUGAAGGGCUCGAGCUCAGGGCGGCUCUGGCCAAACUGGCAGUGGAUUCAGUUCCGGCAGGGACCACUAGAGAGAACUCUGAGAUCAGGAAAGUGAAGACGACAGAUUUGCCUGAACUGGAGCAUGUGUUUGCUGAGGGACUUUACUUCACUCUGACUGAUGUCGUGCUGCUGCCCUGCAUUCAUCACUAUCUGUGCUCACUCCAAACCCACACACCGAACACUCUGCAUCAUCUCCCCCGUCUCCUGCGCUGGUACGGUCGCGUUCAGGAAGUACCCGGGGUCCUUCGAGCAGCCGAGGACUGUGGGUUCGUUCUGUCCGAAGUCCAGGCUCCAACACCCAGCCUCUUUGGGCCACCACAACAGGAGAACCGUGAUGACCUGCUGCCUACAGAGGGUCAGGAGGUGACCCCAAACCUUCAUUUCGUCGGCGGUCCGAGGCCCACAAUGACUAAGCUCAAAGAAAAUGGCAUCGAGGCAGUCUUCUCUCCUCAUCCUCGCCCUGCUUGGACUCUCCCGUGGGACAGAUUACCAGCAGCUAUCAACCCCACUGAAGGAAAAAUGUCUGACAUCCGAGCCGUCAGGAAAAUGCAACAGCUAAAUAACUUGGCUGCGAUGGUGACGGAGCUAGCCAGGCCGGGAGACACAAUAGUGGAUUUCUGCAGUGGAACGGGUCAUGUGGGGAUUGUUCUGGCUCACACACUUCCAGAUUGCCAGAUCAUCCUCAUAGAGAACAAAGAGGAGUCUUUGGUUAGAGCCCAACGUCGCAGCACUGAGCUUGGCCUGAAAAACAUUGGUUUCCUUCAGGCCAAUUUGGAUUACUUUACUGGACCGUUUCAGAUUGGGAUUGUCUGGACAAACUGA